AUGGGUUUGAUCAAGAUGAUUUCUUGUGACACCGACGACGUUGCUAUGUUGUAAGUGAAACAAAUAUUCAUACAAAUUCCCUGAGUUUGUAUCAGGUUUCAAAAUGCGUUGAAUCGAGAAAAAGGACCUAUGGCAAUAGACAAUAUCUUACGCGAGUUUGAUCAUGAAAACUUGACAGUAUUUAUUUGCGGUUACCGGUUGGCAGUUGGUAUGUAUUUUUAUUCAAUUGAAUCCUUUGUGAAACACAUUUUUUGUUAGAAUCAUUUGGAAUAUUCGUACUGAAGGAUUACAUUACUUAUGAGGGAAAUCGAUAUAAUAGCAGUUUCAAAAAUGUUACACAAUUUUCAGUCGAAAAUUCCAAAGAUACUUAUGAUUUUGAAAUAACAAUGCAAAGUUCGAUGAGUUUCCAUGAGACUCGAAGAAUUAAACUCAGAGAAAAUAAGGGGCGUUUUCAACAAAUUGAAAUAUCUGGAAGUUGUGUGGAUUCAUAUAAUAUUGAUAGAAGUUUGAUGGUUAAUCAAUGGGUUCCUAAAUUGAAAAAUGUUAACAAAACUGCAAAGGAAUUUAUGAAGGAAGUCAGAGAAAAAGUACCAAUACAUGAUGAGAAAUUCUUCCAUCGAACUGAUAUAAUUUUUCAAAAAGAUCGGCUUCACUUUAAUAGUAUGUAUUCAGAAGCAUAACAAUUUACGUCAUUAUUUAGUUUCCAGGCAGAUAUUUCGAAUGGCUUAAAAAAUUCAGCCGACACUUCAAACAUCGAAAUGAAUUGUUUUCUUCAAUUGUUUUCGAAAAUAUUGAUCAUAUUGUUUUUCUAACUGCGCAUGUUUUUGAAAGUAUUAGAAACAAAGAUAGAACUGAAGUUUGGUAUUUUUUCAUCGAAGCAACAUGUGAACAAGAAAUUGAAGAGCAAUGGACAAUUCGACAAAUGCAUUUCAGACCAGAAUAUAAUCAUCAUCGAAAUAUUCAUAAACUUCGGGCAGCUUUGAUGGAAGAGCUUGAUUUUUUGAUCCAAGAGUGAAUUGAAAAAAUCCUGCAAAAAAACUAUAUAUUAAUUUCAGAAUUGAAAUCAUUUCUGAAAACCGACCAAAUGGAAACUUAUACGAAAUCGAAAAAUAUGGAAACGCAUUACGAUUUGAUAAUCCUGAAUUGAAACUAGACUAUUACAGUGGAACUGUUAUGUUCAUGAAAGUAUUUGAAAUUCCAUAUUCCAUGAAAUUAGAAAAAUGCGAAAAACAUCUGACAGAACAAGGACAAGAUCUUACAGCCAAUAUGAGUUGUUAUUAUAGUUAUUAUUUGAGUGGAAAUCAAAAAUUGUUCAAUGAAAUGAAAUUUAAAAUUACGGCGUAUAUGGUAAGUACGAUUCAGCAUAAUUAUCUAUCAAAAAAACCUUGAAGACACGUAGAAAGCUAGAGAUUUUUUGAAAUCAUUUGCAUAUUUUAUAGCAUCCUUCAAAUAUUGGAAAUACAUAAACAAAAUUAAGAAAUAUUGAGUUUAGCAAAAGUCAAAACAAGAAAUUGCCUUUUUUGAAAUCGCUCAGCCGACGAAAAGUUGGUGUUUGCACAAAUUUUCGUGAUUUGACGCAGAUGUGUGCAUUCUUACUACUGUACUACCACUUUUUAUUUAUUUUUUUCGUUUUUCUUACGAACAACACACAACUUUGGAAAACGCGCGGAUUCAAAUUUCGAAGAUUACGAACACACAUUUUUAGUUUUCUAUGUGUCUUUAAUUUCUCUCUAACAUUAAACAUAAAAGUUUUAAGGACGAUUUUGGAAUCGAAGCGUUGUUAUGGAAAAUUACAAGAGUUAAUGAAAUAACUGUGAAAUAUACACCUUAUUCACUAUAUAUUUAUGUGAGAAAAUCAAUUUUUACGCACAAAAAAGAUUAUUUUUUAGACAGAUUUAGGCGACAAAACAUUUGUUAUAAAUUACAAUUUUCAUGCGAUUAAAGCCGCUAGAAUAAUAAUUGGACAAUCAAGUUUUGAAUAUUGGAAUUGGGAAAACAAUUUUAAAAAACUUCUAGGAUUUAUUGAUAACAAUGAUUUUAGUUUGAAAAUUUGUGGAAAAACAUACAAGAAAAAUGGUGCAGAGUUUUUCAAAAAAUACUUGGAAAGAAAUCGAAGAACAACUAAACUUUCGAAAUUUCAUACUGAAGUGACCACACAAAAUCGAGAAUCCGGUAUAGUAUUUAAAAUUGUCUACACCUCGAUAAAUUCGAUGGGAUUUUUCAUGACGGAAAUUUAUACAAUUGAUGCUGAAGACACAACUUUCCGUGAUUUUCAAUGGGAAUCAGUUGAAAUUGAGGGAGCUUGUAUUUACGAAAAUUUGAAUAUUGAUUUUAUUCAUUCAAAGAUGUCUGAAAAUACCGAUUUGAUAAAGGAAAUCAAUGAUUUUGUUAGUACAAUCGAGUAAGUUUAAAAUAACUCAUUGUCAUUUUCAUAUUUACUUGAAGGUUUCCAUACAUUGGAAAUAAAGGUAGUAUCAACCUAUAUACAUAUUCUGAAAACUUCAAAGGAUACAUCAUAGCAAACCCUGAAGUUAUGGAAGUUUAUCAAUUUAAUGAUUUCGAACUUUAUUUGCAUAAUUUUGUGGAAACUAACAAAUUGAGACAAAAAUCGAGUUCAACUAUGAUUAAAAUUGAACAAAAUAGUUUUGUCGUGAAGAUGUCAAUGAUUUUCGAUCAAUUUAUUUUUGAUAAAAAUCAAUCAUCGAAUGAUGAAUGGAUUUUUUUGAUUGAAGGAUCUAGAAAUUCUGAGGAAAGAUGGGAAAUAAAACAACUAGUGAUGUCACCAAAAUUAGAACUUCUUGCUGAAAAUAUAAUACAACGAAGAGCGGCAAUUAGUCACGUGCUAAAUACGGAAGAAGUGUGAGUACUGAAUUAGUUUUGGAAACUAUUCAAGUGAAAUUAGAUUUUUUCCAGUUACUCCGAUGUUGUUGAAAAUGUGAAAAAUAUGUCACGAAAUUCAAGUCAUCCAAAAAUUGACUUAGACAACUGCAAAACCCUAACUUCCGAUCACACCGUUUUCGAAUUCCAUAAGUUUUUGGAGCGUUUUGUGGAGUUUUUGAAAUUGGCCGAUAACAACACGUUAACUCAUGAGCAUAAACUUCCAAUAUGGAAUUCGGUCAAGUCUUUUUCGUUUGAAACGCGAUAUGAAUUUAAGAAUUCUGGAUAUCGCCAAGCUUUUGUGGUCAAAACGUUUGCGGAAUAUGUAAGGCGAUUAUUAAGUACAUCAUUUUCAUAGAAAUUUUUUCCAGAAUUUCAAACAUGGAUUUUAUACCGAUGUGAAAGUUGAGAUAACUUGUCCUGAAUAUGUAUUCAGGCCAGCGGGAAGAAUUGUAUAA